AUGGAGGCUGAGCGGCUGCUGUUAGGCCCCCUGUUGGCCGCGCUAUGGUACGUCGAGCUUCUCUCCCCUGGUUUCAGUCCAUUUCAUUCAACAAUCGCAUUUUCCAACAAGAUGUCGCGAUACAUUGAUCAAUGUCCAACUCCGGCCAAAGCCCGGACCGUGAAGGUCGUCGUGGCCAGUCCUAGUCGAUCGGGAACCCUGAGCAUGUAUGCCGCAAUGAACAUACUCGGCUUCAAGACAUACCAUUUCGCCGAGGCUGUUGUCGUAAAAGGAUUCCCUCAUCUGAGAAUCUUCAACGAGGGACUCAUUUCGCAGUAUAACCGUAUGUCUGGUCUCAAGCGAUACACAAAGGCUGAUUUUGACAAGUGGAUGGCCGAGUACGACUGCCUGAUCGAGAUCCCUAGUUACAUGGGCAAAGACCUCCUCGAAGCGUACGCAGAAGACCCAGAUGUGAAGUUCAUCCUCACUGAACGCAAUCCCCAGAAGUGGGCGAAAUCCGUCAACAACUCGGCCGGUGGUGUGGUCGCCAUGGCAGAGAGCUUCCCCAUGAACAUCAUUAAGCGCUUUGAUGCUACCCUCUGCGAAUUCAUGAGAUCCAAUGUCCUUGUAUACGAUGCCCUUUCCGCCUGCACGAGGCCCGGUGACGCAGACAACGAGUUUGAGCUGAUCAGAAGUUACAAUGACUACAUCAAGCUAGCCAAGGAUACCAUCCCAGCGGACCGCCUCCACCUUAUCACUCUCGAGAACGGUGUCGAUUGGGAGGAUAUUUGCCCGUUCCUGGGCCUGCCAAUUCCUGACGAAAAGUACCCGAUCCCGAAUGACCCAGAGAACUUCAAGAAAAUCGUGGAUGGAUUCAUGAAGCCGAGGAUGAGGGCCGCAAUGAUCAACCUGAGUGCCGUUGCUUUGCCAACUCUGGCGGUCAUUGGCUGGGGGGCUUUCAAAUACGGGCCAUCCUUGCUGGAAUCAGUCAAGGGACUGCUUUAG